AAGAAUUGCAAGCGCAAAACAAAACAACAGUUGGACUAAAAGUGUUAGUUAGCAAAUACUACAAGUAUAACAGUGUAAUUUACACUAAAAUAAAGGAAGAAACUUUCAAAAUCACAUGCAUUUGCAGCACCCUUGAGGCCCAGAUUUUGCUGCUAUCACACAGGAACCAAAACAUAAUCUUGUAGUCUUACUAGACCACUUCUUUCUCCUUCAGUUUCUCCAAUAACCCCAUCAAUCCCAAUUAUCAAACAUUCAUGCCCUAAAACUGACCCACAUCAAAAGCUGUAAUCUUGAGGUGAAAUAGUGAUCAAGAUUCAAGAACAGUGAAGAAGGUGGCCAGCCCAGCCAUGGAAGCAUCAUCUUUACAGGUUAAUUCACCUGUGUGUUGUGGAAGAAUUGCUUUAAGAGACAAAACCCUUGUAAAGAUUAAACCUUUUAUUGGGUCUCACCCUUCAAGAAGAACUAAUUUGUGUUCUAAGUUUACGCAAUCGUGUUCGUGGUACAAAUAUUCGGUGAUUGCUGGGUUUUCGAGGCAGAUCAUUGCAAGUUCAGACUUCUCAAGAAGAAGGCGGUAUAAAGUGUCAACGCCAAGGGCAAACGACUCUGCACCAAAAGGAUUUAAGCCUAAACUGAACAGCCCGAGAAAAGAUCAGAAACCAAUUGAAGGGAAAGAAGGUCCGAACCCUUCUAUCUCAACUGAGGUUGUGAAUCCCACCAUAAAAGAAAGUAAAACCGAAGUCAAAGUUGAGAAAGUUCCCGAGUUAAGUCAACGGGCAGAAAAUGUAAAUAUUGAUGUUUUGGAUGCAAUUAGUGUAUCGGGAUCACAAAAAUCGAAACUAGAGGCGAUCACUAAUGGUGAUAAUCAGAUUGAAACAUUAAGCAGCGGAAAUGAUGAUGACGGUAAAUACGAUGAUCAUGAUCAUGAUAAUGGUGAUGAUGAUGAUGAUGAUGAUGAGGAAGCUUCUAGAAUGUUGAAGCUAGAAAUGGAAGCAAAACUACUAAAACAGAAAGUGGAAGAACAAGAAAGAAUAAUUAAACAGAAAAUGGAAGACGAAGAAAAGUUACGUAAACAGAAAAUGGAAGAAGAAUUGCGAAAGAAAGAGAUGGAAGCAAAAUUAAGAAUUCAAGAACUCAAAUCUAUCGCUACUGAGACGCUUGUUAAAGGCGAAAAAAUAUUUUAUUAUCCAAAGAUUGUGACACCUGAUCAAGAUAUAGAAAUCUUUCUAAACAGAACCAUUUCGAGUUUAUACGAAGCAUCCGAAAUCUUGAUAAUGGGAGCGUUUAACGACUGGCGAUACAAAUCUUUCACUGUCAAAUUGGAAAAAACAAAUUUUGGCAUGGAUUGGUGGUCUUGUCGAAUUCAUGUUCCGAAAGAAGCGUAUAUGAUAAACUUCGUGUUUUUUAACGGGAAAGAUGUAUACGAAAACAAUGAAAUGAAAGAUUUUUGUAUUGACGUGGAGGGCGGAAUGGAUGUUUAUGAAUUUGAAGAACUUAUGCUCGAGGAAAAACGAAGAGAACUUGAAAGACUUGCGAAAGAAGAAUACGAGAGAGAGAAAGAAGCGGAAGAACAAAGACGGAUCGAGGAAGAAAAGGCGGCUAGUGAAGCGGAUAGAUUGCAAGCGAAAAAUGAAGCGGAAAGAAGAAGGGGGAUACUUGAAGAACAAUUACAAAAGGCGGUGAAGAAUGAUGAUAAUGUAUGGUAUAUAGAACCUAGUGAGUUUAAAGAGGAAGAUAUGGUUAGAUUAUAUUAUAAUAAGGGUGUGGGCCCGCUUGCAAAUGCUAAAGAUGUAUGGAUUCAUGGAGGGUAUAACAACUGGAAAGAUGGAUUGUCGAUUGUUGAGAAGCUUGAGAAACUUGAGGGAAAAGUUGGCGAUUGGUGGUAUGCUAACGUUGUUGUCCCCAACCGCUCACUUGUCUUGGAUUGGGUUUUCGCUGAUGGUCCACCUCAGCAUUCCACCAUGUACGAUAACAAUAACCGCAAAGAUUUCCAUGCAAUUGUCCCCAUAUCCAUUCCACAAGAUCUCUUUUGGGCCGAGGAAGAACACGAGAUUUACAAGAAACUUCAAACUGAGAGACGGAUAAGAGAAGAAGAAAUCCGUGCUAAGGCCGAAAAAACAGCACGCAUGAAAGCAGAAACAAAAGAAAGAACAAUGAAAACAUUUUUGUUGUCGCAAAAGAACAUAGUCUACACGGACCCGCUUGAGGUCCAAGCUGGCGGCCUUGUGACAGUUCUAUACAAUCCCGCAAAUACGGUUUUAAACGGGAAGCCUGAAGUAUGGUUUAGAUGCUCUUUUAACCGUUGGACACAUCGCAUGGGUCUAUUGCCGCCUCAGAAAAUGUUGCCUGCAGAUAACGGGACACAUGUCAAAACCUCCGUUAAGGUGCCACUAGAUGCAUAUGUGAUGGAUUUUGUAUUCUCUGAGAAGGAAACCGAUGAUGGCGUUUUCGAUAAUAAAAAUGGUAUGGAUUACCAUUUACCUGUGUCUGGUGGAAUUGCAAAAGAACCCCCUAUGCAUAUUGUGCACAUUUCUGUUGAAAUGGCUCCCAUUGCAAAGGUGGGAGGCCUUGGUGAUGUGGUCACCAGUCUUUCUCGUGCUGUUCAGGAUUUAAACCACAACGUCGAUAUUAUUCUUCCAAAGUAUGAUUGCUUGAAUCUUAGCAAUGUGAAGGACUUAGGUUUCCAUAGGAGCUACUCAUGGGGUGGGACCGAAAUAAAAGUUUGGUUUGGGAAAGUCGAAGGACUUUCGGUCUACUUUUUGGAGCCCCAAAACGGACUGUUCUGGAAAGGAUGCAUUUAUGGUUGCAAUAAUGACGGGGAAAGAUUCGGGUUUUUCUGUCAUGCCGCCCUUGAAUUCCUUCUUCAAAGUGGUUUUCAUCCUGAUGUGAUUCAUUGUCAUGACUGGUCUAGUGCACCCGUUGCGUGGUUAUUCAAAGAGAAUUAUACACAUUAUGGUUUGAGUAAAGCACGAAUUGUCUUCACAAUUCAUAAUCUUGAAUUUGGGGCCCCACUAAUUGGGAAAGCCAUGCAGUAUGCUGACAAGGCUACGACGGUAUCUCCAACUUAUUCACGGGAGGUUUCUGGAAAUCCCGUGAUUGCCCCUCAUUUGUACAAGUUUCAUGGGAUACUUAACGGCAUUGACCCGGAUAUAUGGGACCCAUUUAACGACAAGUUCCUUCCUGUAUCUUACACUUCGGAAAACGUGGUCGAAGGCAAAAAAGCAGCCAAGGAAGCCUUGCAACAACGAGUGGGUCUAAAAAGGGCUGAUCUACCAUUAAUCGGAAUCAUCACCCGUUUGACUCAUCAAAAGGGAAUCCACCUAAUCAAGCACGCCAUCUGGCGGGCCCUAGACCGUGGCAGUCAGGUUGUGUUGCUGGGCUCGGCUCCCGAUCCUCGCAUCCAAAAUGACUUUGUUAAUUUAGCAAGCCAACUACAUUCUACACAUCACGACCGGGCCCGCCUAUGUUUGACCUACGAUGAACCUCUAUCCCACUUGAUAUAUGCUGCUUCUGAUUUCAUUUUAGUCCCCUCAAUAUUCGAGCCUUGUGGGCUAACGCAACUCACGGCUAUGAGAUAUGGAUCAAUACCUAUUGUUCGCAAAACCGGAGGACUUUAUGAUACCGUAUUUGAUGUGGAACAUGAUAAAGAGAGAGCACAAUCACAAGGGCUUGUACCAAACGGAUUUAAUUUUGAAGGAGCCGAUGCUGCUGGUGUCGAUUAUGCAGUCAACAGAGCAAUUUCGGCAUGGUAUGAAAGUCGGGAUUGGUUCAAUACAUUAUGCAAAGUGGUGAUGGAGCAAGAUUGGUCAUGGAACCGACCAGCUCUUGAUUAUCUGGAGCUCUAUCAUGCGGCUCGAAAGUGAAGAAAACUGCGGUUGAUUAGAUUAAAUAAGUAACAGACAGCCGGCCGUGGAAGAAUUUGUACAGGUCUUUUUCUUCUACGGUUAUGAUCCUCAAGAUGAUAGGGUUGUGUUUGUUGGUCAGUUUUAGAAUGGUGUGUGACAUUGAUAGUGUUUUUUAGAAGCCUCUCUAGUUUAUUUUUAAAUAAUAGUUGUUAUUGUUUCUGUUCUUAUUUUCUUUUGAAUAUGUACCAAUUUCCAGUCUCA